GCCAUAUACCUUCUUUUUCCUUUUCUUUAAACCCUAGCUUUGCAGGAACCCUAUAUUUUUGUUUUUGGGGAAGUAAAACCCUAUCUUUCAUUGUCGUUCAAUUCUGUAGAAUCAGCAUUAUAUUUCCUGAGAGAUUAUAUGUAUAUAUAUAUAUAUAUAUAUAUAUAUAUAUAUAUAUAUAUUUGAAUUUUGUGACCAGUGAAGAGAAUGAGUUGUUCGAGAACAGUAGAGGAGGUUUUUAGGGACUUCAAAGGCAGAAGAGCUGGUUUGAUCAAGGCUUUCACCAUGGAAGCUGAGAAGGUUUAUCAGCAGUCCGGUCCGGAGAAUAUGAACUUGUGUCUGUAUGGUUUUCCAAAUGAGACCUGGGAACUCAAACUGCCUGUUGAGAUGUUGCCUCCUGAACUUCCUGAGCCCGCACUAGGCAUAAACUUUGCUAGGGAUGGGAUGCGAAAGGAGGACUGGUUAACACUAGUUGCGCUUCACAGUGAUUCGUGGUUGCUUUCUGUUGCAUACUAUUUUGGGGGACGCUUCGGGUUUGGUAGAAGUGAAAGGAAGAGGCUUUUCCAGAUGAUAAAUGACCUACCAACUUUAUUUGAAGUUGUGAGAGGAAUUGAUAAGCAGUCAAAAGACGAUGAGAUGGAGGAAGAUAAAGAAGAAGAUGAACAGGGCGAAACACCAGGUGGAGCUUCCGGCGAUAACUCUGCCAGUGAUGAAAAGGCUGAGCAUAUCGAGUGUGCGGGAUGCGGGCUAGGUGGAACUGUUAAAAAUCUCUCUCUCUGAUUUGCUUUGUCUUAAUCAUAUAUUUCUGGUAUUUGAAUGUAAUUUGAGUAGAUAACCUGCGUAUAUAACCUGUGUAAUUACAAAUAUUUGGUAGUUUAGGAUUGAUGCUAAUACUAGAAGUAAAAUUUCCAUGUUGCAUCUGCAGUGUGUUGUUUUUGGUUUUUUGAACUUCUGUAUGAUCCUAAUCCUAAUCUUGCUCUUUUGUCAUUUCAUUCUCA